UCAACAUAACGUUUUUUAAUCAUUUUUCACCGAAGCAAAUUACUAAAAAAAUUUCUCCUCCCAUCCAUUUUGACAAAAAACAAUUUGCUAAAAUCAUUUUUGAAUCCUACUCUCAAUAUAUAUUGUUUUAAUCUUUUUGGUAAAACAAAUUACUAAAAAACACCAUCAUCCAUUUUAUCUAAGUAAACAAAUAUUUGUCACAUAUUUAGAAUAUACAUAUAUUAUUAUUAUUAAGAAUAUAUAUAUGUAUAGACACACAUACUUACAUAUAUACAUACUUGCAUGUAUAAAUAUACAUAAAUAUAUACAUAAUUAUGUAUGUAUAGUAUUUGGUAAACAUGUAUGGGGCAUUUUAAAUGUGUAUAUUAUCCAUCUUGUAUUUAGAUCCAAGGUUAAACUUAUCCAAAAGUUCUAAUUGUGCAUCCUUAUGUGCAAGAAUAGUCCAAUCUUUGUCUUUUAAAAAUCAAUAAUUAAGAAAAGUCAAAUAUUUUUUGUGCAAUAUUAUCCAUCUUGUAUUUAGAUCCAAGGUUAAACUUAUCCAAGAAGUUCUAAUGUGUCGGCCGUUAUGAGAAAGAAAAAUCUAUUUUUUUUUCUUUACAAAUCAAUAAUUAAGUGGUUUUUUAUGCAAAAUUUACUUUCACCUUUUUAGUAUUUUCGUUGCAAAGUUUCAUAAGAGCAAUAGAACAUGUGUAGGAGUCCAACUAUCGUCAUUCAUAAGUUGGAUCGUGUUAAAGCAUAUGACAGUUUGAUUCACAGAUUUAUAUUAAAAAUAUUUUUUAUACUAUAGGGGGCCACAAAGGGGUUAGUUUCAGAAUGUGUAAUGUCCGGGCCCACAACCUACUAGGCCCAAUAGGAAAUAGGCCCAGUUAAGGGUUUGGGCCCAAAUUUCACUGUGGGCAGUAUUAUUAUAAUGGCUAUCAGGAAGAGGUUGCCACCUCCUUCCUGCUCUGAAACGAAAGGAUAAGACCGACAAGGAAGGGUUACCUCACGCCCCAGACGGUAAGCCAGGCACCAUGGCAGAGCAGGGAGAGGUGGCUAGGGUCGCCUCACGCCCCAGACGGUAAGCCAGGCACCAUGGCAGAGCAGGGAGAGGUGGCUAGGGUCACCUCACGCCCCAAGUGGCGAGCCAGGCACCAUGGCAGAGCAGGGGGCAGCUAUGAGUCCCGGAGCCAGAGGAUAAGGGAGGAUAAGGGGGAUGGGACUUCACAGAAGGAAAUCCCCAGCCAUGCAAACCCUGGGACGGUGACCUCACCCCUGCUGGCAGCCGAUUCCGGCGCGCCUGAGACAGGGGGGCGGCUGCCAGUCCCAGAGCAGGGAGGAAAGGAGAGGAUGGGACCUCUAAGAGGGGGGUCUCACCCUCUAAACAAAUUAUUUAAGCCUCUGCCGGCAACCCCAAGUCACAGACUCCCUAGAAUACUGAACGAGAGAGAGAGCCGAAGCCUUGGAGCCGAAGGCAAAGGAGCCCUGAAGCUCCAAGGGGAAGGAGGGACUACCAGGGGGAGGUACUGCCCGACUGCAACCGGCCAAGGUGACUUAGGACUCGUCACCAGGACGCAGGAGACCUAGGAGAAAGGCAAAUUACUAAACACUAUAAGAUAUGGAGGAUGAUAGGAGGCCACCGUCCCCAGAUCCUAGCUACCGCUCCGAGUCCCCGGAUACACCACGCUCUGGGGCAGGUAGCGCGGAUCUAGCUGGAGUGUACCAAUUGAUGGUGCAGCUCCUCCAGCAGCAGCAGCAGAUACAGCUAGCUACCAUACAACCAACCAGCUCUUAUUAUGAGAGGUUUCGACGAUUGAACCCACCAGUAUUUGAUGGCGGACCGGACCCGAUAGCGGCCGAGACAUGGAUUCGGGAUAUGGAGAAGAUGUUCCAGGCACUCCAGUUCCCCGAAGAAACGAAGGUCCGAUUAGCCAUUCCCCAGCUGAAGGGGAGCGCCGAGUUUUGGUGGACGACCAUGGAGCCCGCAUACCCCGCCAGCAGGAUUACUUGGAGGGACUUCACGAGGCUGUUCUAUGCAGAGUAUUUUCCGGACUCGGUGAACCAGAUGAAACAAGAUGAAUUUUUGACACUGACGCAGUCCGAGCAUAUGUCUGUCCUGCAGUAUGCCAGCAAAUUCAACGAACUGGGCCGGUUCUGCCCCCAGUUCAUGGAAAAUGAAAGCAGUAAGGCAAGCCGGUUUGAGCGAGGGUUGAGGUACAGGAUCAGAUCUCGGAUAUCUUCUCACCUAUUCACCUGCUACAGAGACGUGCUGGAUCGGGCCUUGAAGGUUGAGGCCGACUUGAUGAGGCCUGACUUAGAAAGAAGUGAUCUGACGAAGGCCAGGCCAGCAGGAGGACAGAGCAGUAGGCCCAAGGGCAUCAAGGGGUCUAUGAUUAAGAAGAGACAGAACCGAGGUUGCCCUAGCUGCGGCAAGCAUCACAGUGGGCCCUGUUUGAAGAAAAUUGGGGCCUGUUUUACAUGCGGGCAGCUCGGACAUAUGGCAUGUGACUGCCCGAAGAGGGCACCCAGACCUCCUGCAACCGAGGGCCAGAAGCCAAGGAACACCCCCCGAGUAUUCGCACUGACUCGCCAGGACGCCAGUGUGAGCGACCAAGUGGUGACAGAUCACCACCAGUGACAGCUGCUAGAAGCAUUUUCUUUUGCAACAGGGCUUCCUUAUUUUUGGGGAUGAUAUAAAUAAACUUUUGUGUAUAUAAACUAUGUAGAAGCUCUGUACUUUAUAUGAACCAGUGUGUUGUACCACCUUCUUUUGAUAUAUGCAAGUUUGACUGCUUUGACUA